GCUGAUGGAGGAUUAAACCAUAAGCAGAAGCGGGACUACUGAAAAGCAGUCAUUUCAAUUUUCUGUUUUAAGGGCAAGUGGAAAGUGAUAGAUGGGAUGCUGGAGGGGGUGAUAAUUUAUUUGAAACUAUGACUCAAGGAGUUUUUGUUUACAGCAGUAGAAACAAACCUAAGGAUGCUUCUUUGAAAAAAAUGGAAAGAAAAUGGUAUACCUUGCAUCUCGAGGGACAGUUUUGCAAUCACGCUGAGCCUAAUUGAUGAACAUGUUAUGCUGGCACUAAGUCCUCAAAGACUUCCUAGCACGUCAGCAAAUAUUCUAAUGUUCACAGUUGUGUUGGGUGUUUGGUUCAUGGCAAUGCUGAGGAACUGUAGUAAAGCAAUAUAUAAUUGAUACCAAGGAACUCUGCUGUAAAAGUGGUCAAAUUAUUAUUUGUAGAUAUGGGCCUGCUUGACAGCUCUGGAUUAGGCAAACGAUGGUAUGGGAUUUAAAAGUGAAAAGUGAAAAAUGUCAUGGAGACAGGUUUAAAACAUGGAGAAUUACCAAUAUGGGGGGAGAAGGGAGUGGCAAAAACUGUUGUGAUCUCAGCUUCUUCAAUGAGUGUUGUUUACAAAUGAGAAGAAACAGAAGAAUCCAGCCUAAGUCUUCCCAAGUAGAUUCAUUUUCUCAGUCUCAACUGCCAGCUCAAGAGAGCAAUCAUCUGGGAUCCAGCAAAGUCUUCCAUCAGAAAUUCAAUAGCAGCAUUAGUUCACUCCCUCAUCUGGAAGGCCAAACGAAGCACAAUUUCAUUUUAAAUACCGCCAGACCUCAUCCACAAGACAGCAGCCUUCCUCACAUAACAAAGAACCUGCAGAAUGUGAACCUAUUGCUUCAGGAAAACAGAUCUCGAGGCCAGCCACAUUUUUCCCAAUUUAACCUUGCAGAAAACCUGCUUGAAAGUGCUACCAGAGUCCAUCCCAAUAGGCCAGAAACAGAAGAAACCAACACCAGUCUCAAGCUGCCUCUGACAGCUCCAGAAGCCUUGAAAUAUUUUAGAAACCAGUUAACAGUAUAUGAGCAAGAAGAAAUUCUAAACUAUGCAGAGCUGUGGUUUCUUGGUCUGGAAGCUAAAAAGAUUGAAGGGUUACCUGAAACACAGAAUAAUAAUUGUUAUGAUGAUGAACAUGGCACUUACAUAAAGGUUCUGCAUGACCAUAUUGCUUACCGCUACGAAGUGCUAGAGGUCAUUGGGAAAGGGUCGUUUGGACAAGUAGCAAAAUGUUUGGAUCAUAAAACCAAUGAACUAGUGGCAGUGAAAAUAAUAAGGAACAAGAAAAGAUUUCACAAUCAGGCUUUGGUAGAAGUGAAGAUUCUCGAUGCUCUUCGGAAGAAGGACAAAGACAAUACUCACAAUGUUGUCCAUAUGAAGGAAUGCUUUUACUUUCGCAAUCACUUCUGCAUUUCUUUUGAACUGCUAGGAAUAAAUUUGUAUCAGCUGAUCAAAAAGAACAAGUUCCAAGGUUUUAGUUUGUCUUUGAUUCGACGAUUCACUCAGUGUGUGCUGAGAUGUUUACAAAUGCUCUACCGGGAAAAAAUUAUCCACUGUGACUUGAAACCUGAGAACAUAUUGCUAUACCACAAAGGUCAAAAUUCAGUUAAAGUUAUUGACUUUGGAUCGAGCUGCUAUGAACACCAAAGAGUGUAUACGUAUGUUCAGAGCCGAUUUUAUCGCUCCCCUGAAGUGAUUCUUGGUCACCCGUAUGCUACUCCUAUUGAUAUGUGGAGCCUGGGAUGCAUCAUGGCUGAACUUUACACAGGCUAUCCCCUUUUUCCAGGAGAGAAUGAAGUAGAGCAACUUGCCUGCAUCAUGGAGAUAUUGGGUCUUCCACCAGCUGAUUUUAUUCAGACUGCAUCAAGAAGACGAACGUUCUUUGAUUCCAGAGGUUUUCCUAGAACUAUAACAAACAGCAGGGGAAAAAAAAGACACCCAGACUCCAAGGAUCUAAGUAUGGUAUUAAAAACUCAUGAUGCUGCUUUCCUGGAUUUUCUGAGAGGCUGCCUAAUGUGGGAACCUGCCCUCCGCAUGACUCCGGAUGAAGCAAUGCAGCACACAUGGAUCCAGGAACCAAGAAUACAUAAAUCAAAACAAAAUCGCCACUCUGCAAGUGAAAGCUCCUUCUUCACACCAGAGAAGAAGGAGAAUGUAUAUAAACACACACUGCCUGGACAAGGAGAAGAAAACACCUGUCAAGACAUGGUUGAUAAAGUAAAAGGUGAACUGCCUGAAAAUCCUACUGCUGCAACUGAAAGACUAACUCUCAAUGCAGCUUCCUCAGACACAAUGGAAAAUAAAGUGCAACACACAACCAAACAGGUUAUUCCAGAGAAAGAUCUGGAAAACCCAGUGGAAAAGGCUAUCAAAAGAGACAAGGCAGAACAUAGCAGUGAAACAGCUCUUCACAAAAAUUCAAUGUUCUUACCACCAAUUAAGUAACAUUCUGCACAAGCAGCUAUUGGUCUGGUUUCUAUACCUGCCUGGUAUGUUUUGUAGGUAACCAUUUAACUGUACAAUAUUCAAGAACAUCAUUUUAAAUUAUAACUCUCCACACAUGGGCUGUGCACGUUUGUUAGACAUUUUUAAUCUCGAUUAGUCCAGGUAACCAAAGCAGAAUGUGCGUUGAACGUUCCUGAACGUUACCAACAUUCUUGUUGUGAUAAGAGAUUCUUCACAACCCACAGCAAUAUUUUUAAUAAAAAGGAGACUCUAGAGGUGGAUAGAGACUUAUUCUUGGUAUUAUACUGGACACUUGCAUUCAAAGACUCCUGCUUCUUGGGAGUUAAAAGCCUAAAAAAACCACAGAGGUCACAAGGUCUGAAUCUAAUCUCAUUUAAACCAAUAUAAAUCAGAAAUAACUCUACAGAGGUUAGUGGAUUUAUACCAGCGUAAAUGAGAGGAGAAUCAAACUCAUAGUGUCUCCCUCUCUGAGAGGGGAGAGUCAGAUACGGGUCAUUAGUAGCACCUCUGAACAGAAUUAGAAACCCACGUUAAGUUCUAUAGUGACAUGCACACUGCAAAGCAGGUAUUUAUAAAAGGCAACAGGAGAGAAGGCUACCAAACCAUGGUAUGCAUUACACCCUUCUACAGGGACUCCACUCCCUUUUUAUAUCAAACCAGAAGGGUGGAUGAAAGAGAGAGUCAAUGUCCAGGUGAAUGAACCCUCAAAGGGAGUCUGACUUAAUGCAUUACAAAAUCAGAUUUAUAUGACUGCCAGCCCCAGUCAUUAACCUAUCUUUUGACAUGUCUUUACAGCACCCAGCACAAUGGGGAUCUGAUCCCUGACUGAGGCUAUAGGUGCUACAAAUAAGAAUAAUAAGGACGCUAUCCUGCAGGAUUCAGGGAAUACCAUCUCAGUGAUCGCACAGUGGUCCCAGAGCACAAGAGCAAUUGGGUGGGUUACUGGAGUCACACUAUCACACAUAGGCUCUACAGGCCAGGAAAAAUUCCUGCAGGACAUAGGAAUGAUCACAUCAAUGACCUCAUCAAGGACGAAGACAGGCAAACUGUCCUGUAGGAUACAGGGUGACUGUAUCAGUGACUUCCUGGAGGCCCUAUACCAGGUGAUAGAGGGUUAACUGUAUCGAUGAUCUCACAGAAGUGUUGAGCAGGUAAACUGUCCUGGAAGAUACAGUCUGACUGUAUCAUGUAGCUUAGAAAAUGUUUGUGCUAAGGGCAAGGGUGCAAGGAACUGCUAAGAGCCAGCAAAGGCAUGAAGGCAAGAGGAUAAAUUGGAUGUCAGAGAUAGAGCACAGAGUUCAGCGGCUGGAACUGUUUGAAGUACUAUCUGUAUACCAUCAGGUUCCUGCUUGACACUGGAAACUAUGGGAAGCCCAUGAGUAUCCAACUGAAAUGCUGAUUACCUGUUGGACGCUGCUGAUAGUUCUCACAACAUUACUACCUGAAACAUCCCUGCAAUCAAACACUGAAAAACAGACUAUCGCCACUGUCAGAAUUGUAGUUGAAUAGCAGAGGGGGAAUUCAGGCUGUUUGAAUUUGAUUAUUAUUCAUUCUCCCUCGCUAUUGUGCUUAGUGACUUAGAUGCUUAGAUUACUCUCAUCUAAAAUAUCUGUUCUCCUCUCAGAGUUACUCACUUGUGUAUUUGUCUGCUCCAAUUGGAUCAAAUUGGGACUGCAGUCAUUCUUGAUUGCACUGGAGUUUCCAGAAUGAAACUACAGACACAGUUUGGCUUGUUGCGUCUUUGCUGCAAUUACAUUCUCUAGAUGAUCUGUUUUGCAGAGACCAUCUUCCAGUAGCUUUAUUAUAUUCUCUGGCACGUACACUGAUAUCUCCCAACUUCGCAGUAAACCUGCUGUUGAACAUCCCAGGAGCAUUCUCAGUGCUGAGGGUGAUGUGAGAUAGAAAAUCAUCUGACACUGGAAUUCAGUCUAACCAUCCUCUCACUCAUCAGAGGCAGAGUCUAUGUUGAUGGUAUUUGAGUAUAGUUGCAUAGCUCCAUAUUUGUUUCAUAUUUUCCCUUCCUUGUGUCCACAUUUUUCAUGUUAAGUCAUCAGCCUCCACAUCCAUCUCAACCAUGGUCACCUCCUUCAUUCUCUCUGGACAGUGUCUCCUUUAGUUAACAAUCAGAUUCAUGCUUAGAGACCACAGGGAUGAGCAUUGGGUAUAAAUUCUAAGAGAGGCAGGCAGACAGCUCUUCUCUUCAGGUGCCUCCACUGCCCUCAAGUUCUCCUGCAGAACAGAAAACAGUGGGUGUGGCCUAUCAUGUACAUGUAGCCCUCCUGUUCUUCAUGCAGUAAAAGGAGUCUCCAAAAUACAGAGCAAGCCUGUGGUCAGUGCUCUGCUCAUUGUGCCUAAGAACAGGCAAAGUGACAAAUUGUUGCAAGCCAAAAGAAUACCUGAAUGACUCACAGUUUGAGAAGCCCAAUUUACAGGCCUUAUUUUAUCCCUAUAGCUUAAAUGUACAUUAUCUUUCCUUUUUUAUAGUUCUUUUUUUAAAAAUGCAUUAUGGAACCUGUUGUCUGUUAAUAAUAAUCGCACUGUGCCCUUCUGUAGCACCUUGUGCUCAAGAACUAAAGGCAUUUUGCAGAUAUAAAUUAAGCACCACAACACCCCCCAUUAGGUUGCGUAUGUAUUAUUAUUAGGGCUGUCAAUUAAUUGCAGUUAACUCACGUGAUUAACUCAAAAAAUUAAUCGCAAUUAAAAAAAGAUUUUUUUUACAUUU